AAUCAAGUUUACGAAUUAGCUAAAGUUUGAUUUAUAAGUAUAACAAGAUAUUCAUUCAAGUAUUUAAGAAUACAGUCUGUUGAUUUCUGCGAAGAAAACCCGAAUAAAAACAAGUAAAUAACCAUGGUACCAAGUGACGAUUCCUUUAUUAGUGAAGAAGAAGAAGAAUUCUGUCCAUUAUGUGUUGAAGAAAUGGAUAUAUCCGAUAAGAAUUUCAAGCCAUGUCCAUGUGGAUACCAGAUCUGUCAGUUUUGCUAUAAUAAUAUAAGACAGAAUCCAGAAUUGAAUGGGAGAUGUCCGGGUUGUAGAAGAUUAUAUGAUGAUGAAAGCGUUGAAUAUAGAACAAUCAGUGCUGAUGAAUAUAGAAUCCAACAAAUGAAGAGGGAGAAACGUGAAAGAGAAAAGAAACAGCGUGAAAAGGAAAAGAAGGAAACGGAAAUGGCUAAUAAGAAACAUUUGGCUGGAUUAAGAGUUGUUCAAAAAAAUUUGGUUUAUGUAACCGGGUUGAAUCCUCCUUGUAAUCCUGAUGAUUUGCAUUCAAUUUUAAGAUCAGAUAAAUAUUUUGGCCAAUAUGGUAAGAUUUCAAAAAUUGUUAUUAAUAGAAAGGCUCCAAAUCCUUCUUCGGCGGCAACAACCGCAAAUCAUCAUCAUUCAAAUCCUGGUUUGGUGGUCUAUGUAACUUUUGCUAAAAAGGAAGAUGCCUUGAAAUGUAUUAAUGAGUUAGAUGGCUCUUUAUGUGAUGGAAGAAUUUUACGAGCCGCUCAUGGUACUACCAAAUAUUGUUCUUCUUACUUAAGAGGUCAUCCUUGCCCAAAUCCAAAUUGUAUGUUCUUACAUGAACCUGGUGAAGAAGCAGAUUCUUAUACUAGAAAAGAUUUGUCAACUCAACAAGGUAUUAAAAUGGGUAUGAUGGGCUUAUCGGGUAAUUCUUCAGGAAGACAAGCUAAUUCAACCGGUUAUAAUACCGAUGAAGAAACUCUUCACUCGGAGGAGGAUGAUGAUCAUCACAAUCAUAGCCAUAGCAAUUAUACCACAGCAAAUUCAACUUCUAAUUUUGGUGCUAAUUCAAAUAAUAAUGGCCCAAUCUUACCUGCCACCGCUCAUUGGGCUAAAGGUUCAAAUUCAGCUAGUGCUUCUCCUUCUGUAAAUAAUAACGUCCCAUUGGCUAACGCUGCUGCUUUCCCUACUUUAGGUGAAAUUUUUAAAGAACAAAAACAGCAAAGAAAGGAUAAUAAACAAAAAUUCAAAAAUCCAAAAUCAAACAAAGAUCAUAAUGUUCUAUUACCAGAUGAUAUCGAUAUUGAUGAUGAUUCUGCCAUUCAUUUCACUGAAGAAACUACCUCUUAUUUGAAAAGUUUAAGUGAAAAGAAGGAAAAAUUGAAAGUUCAUUUCAAUACUUUAUCAGAAUCUUCAAAUAGCAAUCAUUUACCAUUAUUUGUAUUUGAUCCAAAUGUUUCUUAUCCAAAUAAUACAAAAUUAGAUGAUGAAAAAAUCUUAGCAAGACAAGUCAUUGAAAGAUUUAUCUUAAGACCAAUUAAAAAUUAUCAUUUGGCUUACCAAAAUCACCCAAUCACUCAACAACAAUCUUUAUUACAACAACAAGUUCAAUUACAACAACAAGCUCAAGCUCAGCAAGUUCAACAAGCUCAAGCUCAACAAUUGAAUAAAACUCCUCAAGCAAAUACUGCCCAUUUACAACAAUUACAAAUGGAACAACAGAAAAAAUUAUUGGAACAACAACAACAAUUAUUAUUAUUACAACAACUUCAACAACAGCAGGCUGUCCAACAACAACAAGCUGUCCAACAACAAGCUGUCCAACAACAAGCUGUCCAACAACAACAUUCUGCAUCUCAAACACCUUCCCAAAUUCAAGCUCAAAUUAAUGUUUUGAGAAUGAAUGAACGUAGCGCAAAUACUUCAACUCCACCACCUCCUGGUUUGUUUAAUGCCGCAGCUGCAGCUUCAAAUAAAAAUGUCAUUGGGGGUAUUGCUGGAAAUGGUAUCCCUCAAGCAACAACUGCUCAAACUAAUGGACAAUACCCUCAUCAGUAUCAACAACCGGCCCCUGCUAGUAAUCCAUCCUCUAGCUCUCAAUUAUUAACCCAAUUGAUGAGUGGUAAAAGAUAAGUUUUUUACUUAUCCGGUGUAUCAGUUUGCUUUUACUUAAUUUUUAACGAAUUUUACUCUAUAUUGUCGUCAUCAAUUUUCUUUCAUG